UCUCUUGAAAUUGAGGAAUCAUAAGACAUUGGUUGGAAAUUUGGUGUGUUUGUGUUUGAAGUGUGAAGACUUAAUAGCUUGUGAUUAACUUUUUAAAAUGUCCGUAGAAUUAACCGAGUACCAAAAAGAAAAAAUUGAGAAAAACAGACUAAAAGCGUUGCAACUACGUAAAUCUAAAAUUGUUGCACAUCCUUAUUUUAAAGAUUCCCCUUGUGCAGUGGAAUGUUUGGAUAAAAACAUAAUUCGCUUUGAAGGGAGCAAGUUCGUUGAUUCUGGUGGUGGUUUCCUCAUAGAAGAAAAGACAGGUGAAAUUGAAAAUGAGGAAAUUGUCAAUAUCGUCGAAGAUAUUCCUCCUCUCUCUAUACCUGACCAGCCAACUUGUGAGGAGUGUAAGCAAAAAUUUGGAGACUCCUUUUUACUCAAGAGCUUUGAUUAUAAUGUGUGCGAUGGUUGUAGGGAUAAUGAAGAAAAGCACUGUCUCAUCACCCGCACUGAUGCAAAGAACGAAUUCCUGUUGAAAGAUUGUGAUUUGGACAAAAGGGAACCAAUAUUAAAGUUUAUUGUGCGAAAGAACCCUCACAAUGUCCGCUGGGGCGAGAUGAAGCUCUAUCUGCGGAAACAGAUAGAAGCCCGUGCUCUUGAAGUGUGGGGUUCUGAGGAACAACUGGAGAAAGAGUUGGAACUGAGAGAAGAGAAACGAAUCUUGGCGAAAACGAAAAAGUACAAUAAAAAUAUGAAAGCUCUUCGGAUGAAUGUACGAAGUUCGCUGUUCAACAAGACGACAUCGGCAUCCCACGAGCACGACUUUGGUCCCGAGACGUACAACGAAGACGAAGACAACUACAGCCACACGUGUAAAACCUGCCAAUAUGAGGAGACCUUUGAAAAGAUGUAAAGCUCUGAUGUUCCCGUUAGAGAUAGAAACUGUCAAUGCUAACUUCAACACUGCAUGCCCUUUAAUUUUUAAUAAUAUUACCAUCUGUGAUAAUGUAAUCAUACAAAAAUUAUUCAUAUUUUAAUAUAGCUAUUUGAACUUUAAGUAUUGAUUGAUGUAGUUAUUGUUAUUUUUCAUACGUGUAAGAUUUACUGUUCUAAGUUAGGGCAUUAUUGUAUUGAAACCAUCCAA